AUGGCCAGACAAGACACAUCAUGCUUCCUCCAUGGCUUUGACCUCAGUGCCCAUUUCGUCAACAUCAGGCCCCUCGGUGCCGGGGGCACUGGGCUGGUCCUGUCAGCCGUGGACCAGCGCACAGGAAGCCGCGUGGCCAUCAAGAAGUUGGCCAUGCGCGAUCCUGUCACGGUGAAGCACGCGCUGAGGGAGGUGAAGAUAACUCGCAGGUUGCAUCACGAGAACGUGGUGCGGGUACAUGAAGUCCUGACACCCCACGGACGACCGCCAGCUAGGGACCCGGCACAGCUUGGUGCGCUGUACGUCAUCCAGGAGUGCAUGGAGACGGAUUUGGCCCGACUGCUGGAGCAAGGAGCAUUGUCAACAGGUCAUGCCACACUGCUAUUCUACCAGCUGCUGAGGGGCCUCAAGUUCAUUCACUCAUCCAACGUGUUGCACAGAGACCUAAAGCCUGCCAACAUCUUCAUCAACACUGACCAACUGCUGCUCAAGAUCGGCGACUUCGGCCUGGCCCGGAUAGUUGACCCGCACUAUUCUCAUAAGGGUUAUCUGUCCGAGGGUCUGGUCACCAAGUGGUAUUGUUCCCCUCGUCUGCUUCUGUCCCCUAACAACUACACAAAGGCUAUAGACAUGUGGGCUGCAGGCUGCAUCCUGGCUGAGAUGCUCACUGGACGCAUGCUCUUUGCAGGAGCUCACGAGCUGGAGCAGAUGCAGCUGAUUCUCGACACAGUUCCGGUGAUCAGAGAUGAGGACAGACAGGAUUUGCUACAGGUGAUGCCUUCAUGUAUUAACCAUGGCUGGAAAAUCAAGAAGCCGUUUUCUGUGCUGCUACCUGAAGUGAAUGCAGAAGCUGUGGACUUUCUGGAGCAAAUUCUGACAUUCAACCCCAUGGACCGUCUGACGGCUGAAGCUGCACUAUCUCACUCUUUUCUUCGCCAGUACUCAUGUCCCGAGGACGAGCCCACCUCACUGCACCCCUUCCGCAUUGAAGACGAACUGGAGGACAGUCUGGUUUCAGGGCACAGCCUCAGCAACAGUCCCAGCCAGUCCUCCAGCAUCCACUGGGACAGCUUGUCAACAGAUUGGUGCUGGCAGGAGACAGAUGAGAAGUGUCGAUGCAUACCUUCAGGUUACAUGCUCUCUGAUAUGGAGGAUACCACAGAAGAAGACGAGGUGCAGAGGGACCCACGAGCCUGCUGCGCGUCACUUCUAGAGGAGGCCCAGGUGGAUCCACGGAAAUAUUCUCACAGCAGCUCUGCUGAACGCUACCUGGAGCACUCCCACUCCUCUCUGGACCGGGCCUGCGGUUUUGGGCUCAGCGACCUAGACUGUGGCCGCUCUUGCGACUACAAGGUGGGAUCGCCGUCCUAUCUGGAUCGGAUUGCCUGGCGGGACGGCAAACCUCAGCACUACUCAGAACCUCGGCUCAUUUUGGAUCUGUCACACUGGAAGCGCAACACCAGCAACCCUCCGGUGCCCAUCCAGCCUCUUGGUGGAAGCGUGGAGGACAUGAGUGAGGUGAAGGUAGAUGAUGAGGUUGCAGGAAUGGGAACUGGUGAUUUAUUCCAGGAGAUCUCCCGCUGGGUGGAAAGCACCCAGUCCCGUCUGUACUCACCCUGUCCCAGUCCAUCUCUGGAGCGGCACUCCUGCUACCCAUCCUCCCCGCCUCUCCCGCUUACCCCUACAGACCUCCCGACUCCGGUCUUCAACUACCCAGACGUGGAGCCUCAUCACUUGACUGAUGAGGACAGACUAAGCCCCUUUCCACCUGUUACUUCUCCAUCUCUCUGUUCCCUCCUCCCAUCAACUCCCACCUCUCCACUUUUCACUCCAGCAGCUCUUUCCACCACAAGUUCCUCCUCCCCCAUUGUCCAACCAGAUGAGUCGCUCCCCGUCAAGCAGAAAGAACGCCUCUUCAAUUUGGACGUGUUUAUCUCUCGAGCGUUGAAGCUGUGCCGGCAGAAUAAAGAGAAAGGUGACGGGAAAGGGCGGCGGGAGGAAAGCAAACAGGUUAAGAUCAACUGUAGGUUGCCACAACCUCCUGAGCACAGGACUCCGCCUCCCCCACAAACUUAA